AAAAGCAGCAGCUAAACCAGCCAAAAUACGAAAACCACAAAAAAACAACAACAACAAACUAUUUGACGAAUGCAAAGUUUUCAUUGGAAAAUAUUUUCACUUUUCAGUGGAGUAACGGCCACAGUUGAAAACGGACGUAUCGAUUCGAAACACAAGUACGUGCACGUUGAAAGCGCCCAAAUAAAAUUGUAUUUUAUUAUUAUUUUUUGGCAUUACCUUGAAACUGGGUGAAAAUAUAUACUAAGUGGCUACUAAAUUGAAAAAAAAAUGAAAAAAUUUUCCCAAUUCGAAAAAUUGAAGUAAAAUAUGAAAAUAUUCAUUUAAAAAAUACAAGAAAUUCUAAGAAAAUUGUUUAAAAAUAAUGUAAAAUAAUUAUAAUAACGAAAAAUAUUAUAAAUAAAUAAAAAAAUUAAAUAAUACACAAGUAGAAGAUGAAAAUAAGAAAUCUUCAAUGAAAUUGAUGUUAAAAUUAACUUAGAUCAAUUCGAUUCAAUUUAAUUAAAUCUAGUCGUUAUAAAUUAAAAAAAAAUUGCAAUUUAAGGUGAAUGAAUGAAUAUAAAGUGAUGAAAUAAUUUUUGUGUGAAAAUUGUGAAUAAAAAUAAAAGAAGAAAAGUUUCGUAUUUUAAAAAGAAAAGAAAUCAAAUGUAAAAAAAGAAAUCUUUAAAAAUAAAGCAUUUCACAAAAUUUGUAUUGGAAACAAAGUAAAACAAAUUACACACAGUGUUUUCUGAAUCAAUAUUCUACAAAUUGAUUUUAGCAACAACAAAUUUUAAACCGAAACUAAUCUCUUCAACGGAAUUAUACUGUGAAAGCUUAAUAAUAAACAAAUGGUAAAGGAAAACAAGUUCUUAUAAAAAAAAAUUAAAAUUAAAAACCAUAUUCUCAUAAAAAUAUUCUUGUUGAUAACGUUAAAAGUGAUAAAUUAUUAUACGUUCUUAAGCUAAAUAUUACUUCUAAUACUACUACUACUAUUUACUCCACUCUGCUCCUUUGAUCCGCUCGCUUAAUCAACAUAAUUAAAUAAAUAAAAAAAUAAAGGCAUCCUUGUAAAAUCAACUUAAAAUAGUUCUAAAUAAUUAAAAAGCUUUUAUGCCAAAAAAAAAAAUAGUCAAGUUAAAUAUUUAAACAUAAUUAAACAACUUAUAAACAAAAUAAAGAUAUAAAUAAAUUAAAAUAAUAAAUAAAUUUAAUUAAUAUAACUAAAAUUAAUAAUAAUAAUAACUAGCAAAAAAAUUAAUCAUUUCUACGUAAAAACAACAACAAAAUAUAUAAAUAAUACUCGUACAUAUUUAUUCAUUUGGCUGCUCAAAUUCAAUGUUCAUCACUAAAAAAUAGUGCAUAUUUGUAGAAUCUGUCCAUCAGUUUGUUGUGCGUGAAAUCAACCGAAAUUUUGAUUGUGACCAAUUUCAUCAUUUCCAUACAGAGGAUAUAAAUUUUAAAUAAAUACAAUUUUUGGCUGCCACAAAUAUAAGUAAUAAUUAAUACAUCCUCCCUCAUUCAUACUUACAUACAUGUAUAUAUUUACUUACAUACAUACAUAAACAAGUAUAUAGUAGAUAAGAUCAGUUGUAAAAAAAUAAAUUCUAAAUACAUUUAACGAUCUAUCAAUAGAAUAAAAUAUAUUUUGUUGCACCUCUCAAAAGAAGAAGAAAUUCAACAAAGAAAAAUCUGUGAUUUAAGAUAAAAAGACAACAACAGUAACAACAACAACAAAAAACAACUACAAUUUUUCAACAAAUCUCCUAGAAUAUCGAAAAUAAAUUUCAAUUGUUCAGUUUCUUUAAAUGAAUUAAUGGUUGGUGUUAACAAAGAAAAGGAUCAAUAGAUGAAAUGUAGCGCAGUUCUAUGGUCGGCGAACGUGAUAGAGACCGUGAAACGGUACGCUGGGAAACAGGUGCAUCAACACCACCGACCCAAUACAAUAAUGGAGUAUUACAAAUGGUGGGACAAUUGCAUGGUGGACAGGCUACAAGCCAACAACAACAGCAGCAACAACAACAAACAAUACAACAACGUGAUUCUCAACAACAACAACAACUACAGCAGCAGCAACAACCGCCACAACAAAUCAUACAAAAACAAAAGCAACUACAGCAGCAGCAGCAGGAAUUUAGCUAUCAGCAACAAACCAACAACUGGAUCGAUAACGAAACUCUUGGACGCAACAGUGCAACAUCAACUACAACAACGGCCAACAUCGGAGACGGCUGUGAUAAUCAACCCUACUACGACACCAGCGGUAAUGUCGAUUGGGGCCGGGCGAUGGGAACCGGUGGAACUGGUGCAUACAUUGGCGGCGAUGGAUCUAUCCCAACAGUUGGCAGUAUUGCUUAUAACGCUAGUCAAAGUGCUGCAGCCACGCGAGGUGCCAGCAUCAAUACCAGCUCCAUUGCUGGUGGCAACAUGGAUUAUAUUGAUGGUAGCAGCAUUGCUGGCGCAUCCGCCACAACUACGCACACUGCUGGCGGUAUGGCGGGCGGCAGUACGACGAGCGCUGUCGGCUGGUCGAACGAUGUCACACUGGUUGGUGUGCCCGGCAGCACGGCCAUUACGACCACCACUUCUGGUUCGGGCACUGGCAAAGAAGUUCGCUACGCUCCAUUCCCCAUCACCUCACCCACACAUUCGAAUCCCACUACUUCCCAACUGCACCAGGGCGCCAUCAAUGCUGGCGCCCUCCAACGGACACAUUCCAGAUCAAUGUCCUCCAUCCCGCCGCCAGAACCUUUUAUGAUAGCACAGUCGAAGCAAAUGAACAGUCGCGUAUCCAUCAAUGUGGGCGGUGUCAAGCACGAAGUCCUCUGGCGCACCCUCGAACGUCUGCCCCACACACGCCUCGGCCGCCUACACGAGUGCACGACCCAUGAGGCCAUCAUAGAGUUGUGCGACGACUAUUCGCUGGUCGACAACGAGUACUUCUUCGAUCGCCAUCCCAAAAGUUUUAGUUCCAUUUUAAAUUUCUAUCGUACGGGUAAAUUGCACAUUGUCGACGAGAUGUGUGUGCUGGCCUUCAGCGAUGAUCUCGAAUAUUGGGGCGUCGAUGAGCUCUACCUGGAGUCGUGUUGCCAGCACAAAUACCAUCAGCGCAAAGAGAACGUGCACGAAGAAAUGCGCAAAGAAGCCGAAUCCCUACGACAAAGAGACGAAGAAGAAUUUGGUGAAGGUAAAUGUGCCGAAUAUCAGAAAUACUUGUGGGAAUUGCUAGAAAAACCGAACACAAGUUUUGCAGCCAGGGUUAUCGCUGUGAUAUCCAUACUAUUUAUAGUCCUGUCUACCAUAGCCCUGACGUUGAACACCCUACCACAGUUACAACAUUAUGACGUUGAUACGGGUACACCGACAGAUAAUCCACAAUUGGCUAUGGUUGAGGCCGUUUGUAUAUCGUGGUUUACGCUAGAGUAUAUACUUAGGUUUAGUGCGUCGCCAGACAAGUGGAAGUUUUUUAAAGGCGGCUUAAAUAUAAUCGAUCUAUUGGCAAUACUCCCCUAUUUUGUUUCCCUGUUUUUGUUGGAGACAAACAAGAAUGCUACGGACCAGUUCCAGGAUGUGCGCCGGGUGGUGCAAGUUUUUCGCAUCAUGCGCAUCCUGCGAAUCCUUAAGCUGGCCCGUCACUCAACGGGCCUGCAGUCGUUAGGCUUUACCCUACGCAAUUCAUAUAAGGAACUCGGUCUACUAAUGCUGUUCCUGGCUAUGGGCGUUCUCAUAUUUUCUUCGCUGGCAUAUUUUGCCGAAAAGGAUGAAAAGGAUACAAAAUUCGUUUCAAUACCGGAAACAUUUUGGUGGGCGGGUAUUACAAUGACAACUGUUGGCUACGGGGACAUCUAUCCCACUACUGCACUGGGAAAGGUUAUUGGUACUGUGUGUUGCAUAUGCGGUGUUCUGGUAAUCGCUUUGCCUAUUCCCAUCAUAGUUAACAAUUUCGCUGAAUUUUAUAAGAAUCAGAUGAGACGCGAGAAGGCGCUCAAACGGCGUGAGGCGCUCGAUCGUGCCAAACGUGAGGGUAGCAUUGUUUCUUUCCAUCAUAUCAAUCUGAAAGAUGCCUUUGCCAAAUCCAUGGAUCUCAUCGAUGUCAUUGUUGAUACAGAAAAGCGCGAAAGUCGCAAUAGAUCCAUAAACAAUUGGCAACGUUUAACAAAAGCCCUACGACGAUCGUUACCCACAGGGCACAAUCUCUCACAGACGGAUGGGAAUAGCACGGAAGGCGACUCGACCAGUGGACGAAACCCGGCUACAACAGGAAUUGGUUGCUAUAAGAACUAUGAUCAUGUCUCCAAUCUUAGAAACUCGAAUGUUCCACAUCAUCGUUCCUCAUCUGUACCUGAUCAUCAUGAUGCAGUCCCACCAUACUCUUUUGAAAAUCCCAAUGCUCGUCAAACCUCUAUGAUGGCCAUGGAAAGUUACAAGCGUGAACAGCAGGCGUUGCAACAGCAGCAACAACAACAAUUGUUGCAAACAGCAUCACCAGCAUUAACAUUGCCCUCAAAUGUAGUUACUACAAAUGCUCCAAGUUCAGCGGCCUUAUUACCAGCUCCACCACAAGCAUCUGCCCUCGGAUCAGAUGAUGCUGCCGCCAAUACCUCACAGGCUGGUGAUGACAAUGGUCUACCAUCUAUUAUACCCGUCCAAAUGAUGAUUAAGCCAGGGGAAGUGGCAGAGUUGCGUCGCCAGGUGGCGCUUGAAAAUUUGCAAAAUCAACGCAUGGAUAAUUAUGAUCAAGAUGUACCUGUGGAAUUUGAAUGCUGUUUUUGCACAUCAAAGGACUUCAAGGAAUUCACGGAUGCCGAAGGUGUUAUCUCACUUCCCACAUCGGACUUCCAUAAACCGAUUUGUUACGAAAUGCGACAAGCUGCAAAUCGUGAUCUACAACAAACCCUUCCAUAUGGCCUAUUGACAACAGCGGCGGCAGGACCGCUUACAAGCUCCACAGCUAUACCGUCUGCACUUCAAGUGUCCAGCCAAAUGCAACAGCAGCAGCAGCAGCAACAACAUCUCUUGGCUGGAAUACUGUCAGCCACGACGGGUACAACACAGUCUGAAUUGUUAUAUUCUGCCGGCAGCGGAGGUAUCAUUCGAGCUCCAAUGCCAUACACUGCCACUGGCGCUGCGCCAAUAUCACAAUCAUCCUCGACCUCAUCGUCUUACGGUACCACAACAUCGACAACAAUAGCGCUGCCAUUAGAUACGCCUCUGAGAUAUCCACCAUACAUAACCAGCAGCAGUAUCAGUUCCACUGUCAACAACUUUAAUCACAACUACAAUAACAACUUCAAUACAACAUCUCUGGGAACUUGCCAUCCGCUGUCAAUGAGCACAAGCCAACAAGGUGUACUACCAACACUGGGGAACAAUUACAGCAACAAUAAUUUGAAUAAUUUGAAUUUUAAUAACAACAAUGCCGAUCUGGCGAGCGUAGACAGUUCGGAUACGUAUGCCAGUUGUCAAACCCACCCAUUUUUGUCGCAAGGCGAUCUAACGUCCGACUUUAACGACGAGGUGUGUGCCUUAGACAUAGACAUGGACAAUUUGUACAUAAAUCCGCUGGAAAAAGAUUCGGCCGGCAAUACAACAACCGGCUAUAUGGUCGGUCUACCGCCCACCCCCUCCUCUGGCCAAAUACGAGCUCACGUUAAGAAGAGUGCCUCGGGCGAUACGGCUUUGCGAAAUUUGGCAGCCGGCGGUCUAAGUCCCAUGGAUGAUGUUUAUCAAAGUGCAUUCGACGCCCACGAUCGUGGCAGCCAUAUAAGUCUUAACGAGAAUCCAGUGCCAAAACAUCGUAAAACACGAUUCCAGCAAAGCUUCACCGUCGCAUUGCCGCCACAUUCCGUUAGUGCAAUUGGUCAGUCCGCCGCGAAACCACGAGCUCGUUUCGAAGACUCGAAGCUUUCACACGAAAACUUGGGAAGCGAAAGCAGUCCAGCGAGUAGUACUGGCAAAAAGAAACGUUCAUCGUUUAUGCCCGGUAAAAGUUUAGCCACUGCCACUAAAUUAAUAAAUCAGCACCUGUUUGGUAUACAAAAUGUUGGACCCAAAGCCAAAUUUGAAAGUAAACAUUCCUCAUCGAUAGACUCAAUAGAUGCAUCGCCCAAUUUGGAACAUCAUCGACGUUCCAAGUCGAUAUUGAAAAAUAAAUCGGAUGUGUCGCGUGUUCUGGCAGAUCCUGAAAGCGAACGUCUGCUAGCGGACAAUAUGUCUGGUUCUGGCGUCUCAGACAAUGGCACUGUCAUGGGCGAAUCUGGCAGUGAUUACUCACCGAAUAAAUUACCUCAUUCUGUUUUAGCUAAGUCAAUAUCCCCACCACCCCUUAGGCAUCGUACCCUAAUGCAACAACGCUCAGGACCGGCUACUCUACAAUCGAAACCGACCAAAUUUCAAACACCACGCUAUCCGGAAGAACAAGCCCUACGUCAGGUCAAACCAGUAUUGGCUCGAUCCGCCGCAGCGUCUCAUAUGUCUAGUGAGAGUAACCGUUACGAUUCAACGAAUAGAGACAGUAGUUUAGUUGUACCAUUCACAGAUUCUGAAACAACAUUUACAUCGAAUGUUAAUUUACGCAGUGAAGCAGCUGACAGUGGAAACGAUGGCAGCGGAGAUGCUGGCGGAUCAAGUGAUGAAAAUCGAUCACUAUUACAACGUGAUAAUUCCAAUGAAUGUACAGAGGAACAAGGUGAUAAUAGUGGUUCGAAAGCGUAGCAAUUAAAGAAAGACAAAGCUAAAAAUGAAUAAAUGUAUUAAAUCAUUUGGUAUAGAAUGUAUUUCAGACACAAUCUCAUCCAUCAA